AUGACUGUUGCUAUCUUCUACCCUAUGUGUGCGCGAGGUAGAUAUCUAUGCGAUCGUAUCGUUGUUCAUCGAGGCCCAGAGGCGAGGGCACUGCAAGAGUCAAAUCAGCAAACGGUGGAUAACAGCGCUACCACAACGCUGCAAUGCGCUCAACAGCAGCAGAAUGAGCGAGACGUAGAUGAGCGCGUCCUUCUCUACAACACGAAUCUGCUCGUAGACCUCGAUUGUGUUGCUCAUUUGAAAGAGCAGCUUUGGAAAAAUCGUCUCGUACUGCGUGCAGGUCUGGAAGGACUUGUUUUGACUACUAGGGGGGCGCUGAAGGCGCCAUCUGCAGACACCCCCACCCCGCGGCGGCUUGAGGUCCGGUCGCCGGAGGUGGUUGCGGCUGGCCUAAUGCAUGUUCUGAGCAUGACAACACCGACAGCAGCCUGCUCGCAUACUCUGAUAACGUAUAUUGAGCUCGUAUCAAGCGGCAGGAGGCCCCCAAAACAUCCUCGAUUUGCGCAGAUAGCUGCCCAUCAUGUGUUCAGCAAACCCGGCGAGCAACAUGAUCCCCCAGCACAGCAAUACAACGGCACGCUCACCACACUAGGAUCAGGCAAAUGUUGGGGCAUCAAUAAGAAGGGGAACCAGAGUCAUGCACCUCCGGGUUUGGGGAUAGCAUCACAUGCUUUGCAGAACUCUCAGAACACCGAGACUGCUUUCUCACAAGGAUCUGGAGCCUGCAUACAAAGUUCCGAGCUUGCGGAUGAAGCACGAAGGAGUAAUGUGCGCUACAGUCAAAGCGGAGAUGACCAUACCCCACAGUCGGAGUACCUGGUCUAGGCAAGCCUUCGAGCACGUAGAUGGCGAAGCCGGAGACUAGUAACGUAAGAGAUGCGGCUAUUUUUUGUUGUAGCCUUUUAGGAAACUCUCGCGCAGAGAUCGACGAUCAACAGUUGUGCACAUAAGCCACUUUAUCUUGCACGUACUACAAGGCUUGCAUACAACAACACCAUCAUUCAGAGAUUGAUAAAUAUGACGCUCUAGUUCGUAUUCCCUUUAUUAAACCCUACACAUAAGGAUUAUUCCAUACAUUUGCACAAGUCGAUGUUGUCUUAGAGGUAAGUACGACUUCGAUGUUUUCCUUUAGUUUCAAGCUCUUAGAUUAACAUCUCCUAAUGUAAAACCACUCAAAUCUUCACGAAGUCUUGAAAUGUUCUUCUAUCUCUUCUCUCAAGUCUGGG